CGAAAGCAGCCCCAUUGUGGUUGUUUGUGGCGCCACUCAUUUCUAAAAGCAUUUCAUAGUGCAUACAAGCACAUCACAUGCACACACCCAAAUAGUGAAUUUUGCAAUUAUACAAUUUCAUUGUUAUUGGUGGGCAACGAGAAUUCGCUUCGAUUCACUCUUUCAUAGCGUAUUUAAUUAAAUAUAUUUUUUUAUUAGUAUUAUUAUUAGAAUGCCGCUUUAGGUAAUUCUUCAUCAGACGGCCAACGAAGAGCCUGGGUAAAUAAUAAUCUGGGUGUUGCGGAAAAGUGAAAAAUGUUGACAUCGGCAUAGAAUGAAAUCAGCAAGAUAACGAGAAAAUAUACUAAUAACAAUUAUGACACAAUAGAUUUUGUGCAAGGUGUUUCCUUUUUGGUUCAUACUAAAUUUUACUCAAAUAACAACGCAGAACUUUGUAAAGAUAUAAGAAGGAACCUAUACAUACAUAAAUGCAAACAUUUGCCAUAUUAGUAAAAUUUAUUUAUUAUUAAUUUCGAGUAAGUGAAAACAAAAGUGAUAAUGGAAGCUAUUUCCAACUACUUUGCGAAAGGUUUGGCGCUGGUUAUAGCCGAUUUGCUAAGCCUGAUAACAGUAUCAUCCUGUUUGGUUAUUAAGGUGCCACAAAUCAAUACCAUACGGGCAAAUAAGUCGUCGCAAGGAAUUAGCGUAAUUGGUCUAUGCCUAGAACUUUUCAGCUACACUGUGAUGAUAUCAUAUAACUAUAGCAGUAGCUAUGAAUUUCUCUCGUAUAUGGAAUACCCUAUACUGCUCUUGCAAGAAUACGUGCUCAUUUACUAUACGUUCUUUUAUCAAGAUUUGUUGGGCGCCCGCACGCAACUAGUAGCGGUUUUGUAUGCCAUCGUGGCAACGCUGAUAUAUUUUAAGCUUUUCCCGCUCAUAAUACUCACGUUUUUAGUGCCAUUUUGUACACCAAUCGGCGCCACAAGUAAAGUAUUACAGUUGAUAGAGAUUUUACGCUCAAAAGAUGCUUCUUCUGUUAGUCGAACAACUUGGGCAUUGUCAGCAUUCACCAACAUGACUCGAAUUUACACGGUUUAUGUGCAAUCAAACGACUCCAUGCUGCUUAGCAAUUUCUUAAUAUCUACCUUCCUAAGUUCAUCGGUGUUUGUCGCAGCAUGCGUUUACAGGAAGAAAGCCAAGUCAGAUUAAAAGGAAAAAUAUAAAAAAAAACGACUGGAAAAUGUGUCCUUUUUCCCCGUAAUUAUAAUUACAAUGCCAAUU